UCAGAGAAAUAUUACAAAGUUGUUGGAAUGAGAACAGAACGCGAGUUUUCCCGAGUUCAAAUGGAAAUCAUCAAUCAAGACGGAAGACACCCACAGAGCGACGUCGUGGCCGUCGUGGUAGCCUGUGACUGCACGCUGCAUUGAGAAAGUUUUUGAGCCCCCACACCAACCAUCGCCGUCCAACUCAGCACCGAGGGGAAUGAGAGCCUCCUCAGGCUUUCUUUACUACCGCUUUCAGGAACACAUUUGGACAAAAAAGCCACUCGAAGAAGCAUACGGCAACCCCAACUCAGAAUGCGGACAGAUUGAACAGCGCCAGGAAACAAUAAUACUCCCGUGGACAGCUUGUGUUGCAAGAAUCUAUUGCUGGAUCUACCGCGAGCUCGGGUGCUGAACGAAAAUCGCUUGUUUUUUUUGUCUUUAUUACUAUCAUAACCAAGGAAAGAUAAUUGCCAGAGGUUUACCCUUAUCUGAGAGAGAUGACGUCUCCGGCGAAAUUUCGUAAGGAGAAGGAGAUUAUUGCAGAAUAUGAGACUCAAGUUAAAGAGAUCCGUGCGCAGCUGGUCGAGCAGCUCAAGUGUCUGGACCAGCAGUGUGAGCUCCGCGUCCAGCUCCUCCAGGACCUGCAGGACUUCUUCCGCAAGAAGGCCGAGAUCGAGAUGGACUACUCCCGCAACCUGGAGAAGCUGGCCGAGCGCUUCCUCGCCAAGACGCGGAGCACCAAGGACCAUCAGUUCAAGAAGGAGCAGACGGUGUUGUCUCGCGUCACCUGCUGGAACCUGCUGCUGAGCCAGGUGAAGCGGGAGAGCCGCGACCACGCCACCUUGAGUGACCUGUUCAACAACAUCAUCCCGCGCUUCGCCCAGGUCAGCGAGGACUCCGGACGCCUCUUCAAGAAGAUGGACGUGCCAUUGGUCAAAGAGGUGACCAUUCGUCCAGGUUUGCAUCAUGAGGGCAUCUUCAGAGUGUCUGGCUCCCAGGUAGAAGUCAACGACAUCAAGAAUGCCUUUGAGAGAGGAGGACCCCUGGCUGGAGAUCAGAAUGACCAUGACAUGGACUCCAUCGCCGGAGUGCUUAAGCUCUACUUCAGAGGACUGGAGCACGCCCUCUUCCCAAAGGAAGUCUUCCAUGACCUCAUUUCCUGUGUCUCUAUGGAGUCCCUCCAGGACAGAGCUGUCCACAUCCAUAAGGUCCUCGUUCAGCUGCCCAGCAACACCCUUGUCAUCAUGAGAUACCUGUUUGCCUUCCUCAACCAUCUGUCCCAGUACAGUGAGGACAACAUGAUGGACCCGUACAACUUGGCCAUUUGCUUCGGCCCGACCCUGAUGUCUGUGCCCGAGUGCCAGGACCAGGUGUCCAGCCAGGCGCACGUCAACGAGCUCAUCAAGACCAUCAUCAUCCACCACGACGCCAUCUUCCCCAACCCCCGUGACCUCCAGGGGCCCGUCUACGACCGCGGCGGGCUCCCCGAGGAGUACUGUGAGAGUCCACACAGUGAGCCCCCCCUAGUGGACAUACCUGCUCCUGACACCGUCUCUGUGAUCCAAAACAGUGACGAUGGAUCAUUGGUUGUUUCAGAGUCAGACCCCAUUGAGGCGAUUGCGCGCUACGACUACUCUGGCCGCACCAAUCGCGAGCUGUCCUUCAAGAAGGGGGCGUCUCUUCUGCUCUACAACCGCGCCUCUGACGACUGGUGGGAGGGGCGUCACAACGGAGCCAGUGGACUGGUGCCACACCAGUACAUAGCGCUGCAGGACACGACUGAUGGUUGCACCGGUCGAGGCAGUCCCAAAGCUGACCUGGAGGGCUCCCUGGAGGGUGGACUGCCAGAAGAGAAGGUGGCCACUAGGGGCAGCGCAAGCUCACCUACAGGAGGACAUGUGGCUGACAUUUACUUGGCCAACCUCAACAAGAUGAGGAAGCAGUCUAGUGGAAGCAUCAGAAGAGCCUUCCGCACCUCAGAGGGUCUGAGUGAGGUGGCACCUCCGCCCUCCUCUCCGGGGGCGACAGGGGGCAUGCGUGCCACCUCCAUGCCCGUGGCAGGCCUGGUGAAGGAGGCCGCGGCCGACAAGCGGCCCGUGAGCGCCCACAGCGUGCUGAACUCAGUCACGCGCCACUCCUCCCUCAAGACCAAGGUGGAGAGCCCGCAGAUACGCAAGACCACCACAGCAGGGCGCUCCAAGAGCUUCAGCAACCACAGGCCCAUCGACCCCGAGCUCUUUGCUCAGGUGGAGCACAGCUCACAGGACAUCGAGGCCACUAUGAACACGGCUCUGAGUGAGCUACGGGAGCUGGAGAGGCAGAGCUCGGCCAAGCACGCGCCCGACGUCGUCCUGGAUACGCUGGAGCAGCUCAAGUCUGGGGGCGGGGUCGGAGGCGGGGUUUCUGAGCCGUCCAGCCCCCUGCACUCUCGCCUGCUGCGGGAGGUGGACACGCCCCAGCACCCGCUCCAGCGUAGCGCCAGCUCCGCGUCCGACAUGCCCAGCACCUUCCGCCCGGG